AUGUCGUUCAGAAUUGAUGCUCUACGCUCGCUCAAUCGAUGGCAAAGCAAAGGGAUCAAGCAGCCUUUGACUGGAAAGAACAGCUUCCGCCAAUACGCUGAUGCUUUCUAUCAGCCUGUUUAUCGAACAUCAUGGAGGGCGCGAAUUGGAUACUUUUUCACGGGUGCAAUCUCAUUGGUUGUGCUAGGUAAUGCUUUGGACCAUUGGGUGCCUGGACUGUGGAGACGUCAGGAUUGGUCUUCUGCCCUGGCUGCCGCUUCUUCGACCUCGCCGCUGUCUAAAACCCCUAAACCUCUGCACAACAUCACCGACCAAAACAUGAGCGAGGCACGCAAAGAGCUCAUCGGCAUCGUUGGCCACGAUGGCGUAGACGACACCCCUGGCAACCUGCAAUCUCGUUCGAGGACUGAAUGGUCUCCGUCUCCGGGAAGCACCUGUGCUGCUCUCAUCAUCUUCCCACGCGAUACCAGAGACGUCAGCGAGAUCAUGAAAGUGUGUCACCGCCGCCAUAUCCCUGUCACAGGGUUCUCCGGUGGCACAAGUCUUGACGGUGCUUUAGCAUCCACCCGCGGCGGUAUCUGCAUUGAUUUCUCACGUAUGAAUCGUAUCUUGAAGGUGCAUGAUCGAGAUAUGGAUGUCGUGGUCCAGCCUGCUGUUGGUUGGGAAGAUCUGAAUGCGCGGCUUGCCGAGAUCGAUCUCUUCUUCCCACCGGAUCCGGGGCCUGGAGCACAAAUUGGUGGCAUGAUUGGAACCGGUUGUUCGGGCACGAACGCUUAUCGCUAUGGUACGAUGAAAGACUGGGUCAUUUCUACCACAGUCGUGCUGGCGGAUGGCACCAUUGUCAAGACAAGGAAUCGACCAAGAAAAUCGACAGCUGGAUAUGACUUGACGAGGCUCAUAGUUGGAUCCUCGGGUACUUUAGGCUUGGUUACUGAGGCUGUCUUAAAGGUAACCUCGAAGCCUGAGAACGAGCAAGUCGCGGUCAUUGCAUUUCCUAGCAGCGCCAAGGCUGUCAGUACAGUCAUUGACGUUGUCCAGAAAGGUAUACAGCUUGCAGCUGUGGAGCUGCUCGACCAUAAUACCAUGAGAGCAGUGAAUCAAAGCGGGUAUUCCGACAAGGAAUGGAAAGAGACCCCAACACUAUUUGUGAAGUUCUCGGGGACGAAGAGCGCCGUACAAGAGCAAGUCGAUAUACUGAAAGCGCUCGCAGAUAAGCACGGUCGAGAAUCCUUUGAGUCGUCAAGCGACCCCGAACAGAUCGCUGCGCUAUGGGCCGCUCGCAAAACAGCUCUCUGGAGCCUCAUCGCGCAGAAGCGCGAUCCAGACGACAAGUUCUUAGGCUCCGAUGUUGCAGUCCCUAUAUCUCGAUUGGCCGAGAUCAUCGACGAAAGUGACUCCAAAAUCAAAGCAGCAGGUCUGCUUGGCUCGACUCUUGGCCAUGUUGGCGAUGGAAAUUUCCACGCCUCCAUCCUUUACGGGGAGAAAGACAGGGUUGCGGCGGAAAAUAUCAUAGCAGAUAUCCGACGGCGAGGCAUCGAGAUGGAGGGAACUGUAACCGGGGAGCAUGGUGUUGGUCUGGCGCUAAGGGAUAUGUUGGAGGUUGAGUUGGGCGAGAAUGCUGUUGAUAUGAUGCGGAAGAUCAAAGUGGCAUUGGAUCCACUGUGUCUGCUAAAUUGCGACAAGAUCGUACGAGUGGAACCCAAUGAUGGGCAAUAA